AUGAAGUAUGACUACGUCAUAGUUGGAGCAGGUUCCGCAGGUUCGGUACUGGCCUGCCGGCUUUCGGAAGACCCUAACUGUUCGGUGCUGCUGUUGGAGGCCGGACCCGACUACCCCGACUUCGAGAAACUCCCUGACGAACUUAAGUAUGGCUUCAGCGCAGCCCCGUCCCCGCCCAGGUCCCGGACUGCCAGCGGACACCCAUCCUGGCUUCCAACCAAUCCGCAUAAUUGGCAGUUCACGGCCACAGCGACCAACCUGGCGCCACCAAUGCAGGUUCCGAGAGGCAAGGUAACGGGCGGUUCCAGUGCCAUAAACUCGUCUGCUUUUUACCGGGGAACGGCUGAAGAUUUUGAUGCCUGGGCUGCCUGCGGAAACGAUUCCUGGAGCUACGAGAAGGUAUUGCCUUUCUUCCGCCGCCUGGAGACUGAUGCUGACCAUCAUGACGACUUUCAUGGAACCGAGGGCCCGAUUUUCGUCCACCACUCUGACCCUGGCUCAUGGCAUGAAACCCAACGGGCCUUUUGCGAUGCCUGCGUUUCCAGCGGCUUUCAGGAAACUGAAGACCACAAUCACCCGGAUUCUGGAGGCGUAGGGCCAGGCAUUACUAAUAACCAUCAGGGUAUAAGGUUUAGCACGGCUCUUGGUUAUCUCGAAUUGGCCCGGCACAGGCUUAACCUUACAAUCAAGCCGGAUUGCCACGUGAAGCGGAUCACCUUUGAAGGGAACCGGGCCAAGGGCCUAAUUGUCGAGUCCGGCGGUGAGGCGUUUGCCGUUGAAGGGGAGGAGAUCAUCCUUAGCGCCGGCGCCGUGGGUUCCCCCCAUUUAUUGCUUCUGUCAGGCGUGGGACCUGCGGACCACCUUGGUGACCUGGGUAUUUCAGUGGUGCAUGAUGCACCGGGGGUGGGCCGAAACCUGAAAGACCACCCCAAGAUUUACGUAACGUGGAGCCUUCCAGAAGGUUACCCAGUCCAAAGUCGGUCCGCUCCUGGCGGGGCGGCUCUGCGGUUUACCGCGCCCGGCUCUGACCUGAGAAAUGACUUGGGCAUAAGUCUGUCGUGCUUUGUGCCACCAAGAAGGCACGUCAUCGAAGAACCUCCCCAGAAUGUCGAUGACGUUCUGCGAGUCACCGAGAUGAUGAUAACCCUGCUCCUGCCCACCAGCCAGGGGGAGUUGAAACUUACGUCUCCCGAUUACCGGGUGCAGCCGGCAAUGAAUUACAAUUACUUUGCGGAACCAUUUGACCGGGAGAGAUGCGGGCAGGUGUUCGGUUGGCUCUGGAGUUGGCAGACCGUCCCGAACUGGUCGGGUUCAUUGGGGAGCGCCUGGCUCCUUCCGAUGAAGACCUGUCCACGGAAGACGCCUUUGACAACUGGCUGCUUAAGGAAGCCACCACCUAUUCUCACAUUUCCUGCGCCUGCCGCAUGGGCCCAUCCGACGAUCCCAUGGCAGUCGUAG